UGGGUUUCCCGAGAUCAUCAACCUUAACUCGACUCAUGUCACCAGUUUCUAGAUAUCUUAGUGGUCAACAGGCGUGUGGACCUUCGAGUUUGACCUCGUUAUGGCGAGAUGCCUUAACCUGAAAUGGCCUUCAACCCUCCCUGAUUUGAUUAAGAUCAGUUUACAGUUCGCUGCUGCAUUUUGGGUCAUCUGGACCGUUACCUGCAGUCUCAAAGAUGCGCGACAAGACCCAUACUCAAGUUCGCCCUCCGACCCCACUAUCGCCCCAGACAUGGCCAUGCCGUCUCUUCUCAUCAGCCAGGAGGAGUGCCAUAUCCAUGUCGCCGGCACUUAUCCACGACUCUGCCGACUCACAGAUGGUUCAAUAGUGGCGUCGGUUACCCGUCACGAGGGAGCCGUCCGUGUCAUCCGUACUUCUCGGAGUAUUGACAACGGCCGCACCUUCACGCCUCUUGGCGAGAUCGCCCGUAGUCGCCCAGGCGGCGAUACCGAUAAUGCAUUUUUGCUGCAGGUACCACCACCUGCAUCAGCACUGCCGUCAAGUGGGACGAGCCGUACAAUCUUGGCCGCAUUCCGCAACCACGACCGCGACGCUGCUCGCAAGCCCACCCAUUUCCGCAUCACUGUGUGCCGGAGCCUUGACGGCGGCCGCACCUGGAGGUUCCUAUCGCAGGCAGUCCAGUACCCGGCCGCCAAGACUGGCGGCUUGGGAUUAUGGGAGCCCUUUAUGCGCAUCGGCAAGAACGGUGAAAUCCAACUUACCUACUCGGCUGAGCUCGCGAAGAACAAUCAGGAGACCUUUCGCGUGGUAUCUUAUGAUGGCGGGGUUACCUGGACAGAACCACAGUGCCUGCGCUGUCAUGGACCUACGGAACAUCUACGCGACGGCAUGCAAGGCAUCGUGCCUGUCCAGGAUGUCAAGACGGGCCAGGAAGCCCUCGUUAUGGUUUUCGAGACUACGCGCCAUCGUACCUUCUGUGUCGAGUAUUCGGUGUCGUAUGAUGACGGCAGAAGCUGGCCUUCGCGGGGUGUUGUCUACUGUACCCGGCCUGAGCGGAACGCCGGGGCGCCGCAAAUAGAAAGGCUUCUCAAUAAUGGCCUCGCUGUCAUCUUUAUGACGGAUGAGGAUGCCAAGGAAAAGAAGUGGCCGAAGCAUGCUUCGAUUAAAGCUGUCGUCUCGGCGGGACUGAGAGACGGCAGGAUUGAAUGGACGAAGCCGGUUUUGGUUCAUGGCGAGUCAAGUUUUUGGCCUAGUCUUCUGGCGGUGGGAUAUUCAGAAGUCAUGGCAGUCUACGAACAUGCUGGGAAGCCGAAAGGGAAGGUGUUGCAGUUGCAACAGGAGUUCACCACUCAAGGCGAACAAGGUGGGAAGUCUCCUGCAGAAAUUGCGCUCACCAAGAUGAAGAAGUGGCUGAAUAAACGAAACGUUUUUGGACUUUGAUGUAAUGGCCCAUGUGAUAGACGAUGGACUAAUAAAGCUCGAUUUGAUAUAGUCUAUAAUAGUUCUUGAAACAGUAC